GUCACGUGGGCCCCGCGGGGCAAAGUCCGCAUCCAAGGCCACAGAGCAGUGAGCGAGAUGGGCACACCGGGCCUGGUCCUGCUGUGGCUGCAGCUCUGCGCUCUGACGCGGGCUGCCCACAAGUUCUGGGUCCCUAACACCUACUUCGAUACCGCCACCAACUGGAACCAGAACCGGACCCCGUGCACAGGAGACGCCGUCCAGUUCCCAGUGGACAAGAUGGUGUCAGUCCUGGUGCGAGACAAUUACGCCAUCUCCGACAUGCUCCUGCCUCAGGAUGGGGAGCUGGUGCUGGCCUCCGGAGCCGGGUUCAGCGCUGCAGAAGCCGGCUCCGACUCCGCCUGUGACUCGGGGGCCCCCUUGCUGUUCCACAAUCCGGACCGCUUCUCCUGGCUGGACCCCCACCUGUGGCGCUCGGGGAACGAGCCGCGCCUCUUCUCGGUGGAUGCUGAGCGCGUGCCCUGCCACGCCGACGACGUCCUCUUCCCGAACGACGCUUCUUUCCGCGUGGGACUCGGCCCCGCAGCCAGCCUGGUGCAGGUCCGAAGCGUCUCGGCCUUGGGCCAGACGUUCACGCGCGACGAGGACCUGGCCGCUCUCCUGAGGUCCCGCGCGGGCCGCCUGCGCUUCCACGGGCCGGGCUCGCUGAGGGUGGGCUCGUCCGCCUGCGCCGACCCCUCGGGCUGCGUCUGCGGCAACGCGGAGAUGCUGCCGUGGAUCUGCGCCGCGCUGCUGCAGCCCCUGGGCGGCCGCUGCCCUCCCGCCACCUGCCUCGACGCCCUCCGACCGGAGGGCCAGUGCUGUGACCUUUGCGGAGCCGUCCUGUCGUUGACCCACAACGCUACUUUUGACCUGGAGCGUUACCGAGCGCGGCUGCUGGACCAGUUCCUGAGCCUGCCCCAGUACCAGGGGCUGCAGGUGGCUGUGUCCAAGGUGCCGAGCGCGUCGGGACCGCGCCAGGCGGACACAGAGAUCCAGGUGGUGCUGGCGGAGGCCCGGCCCGAGACGGGCGCGGCGGGGCGUCUGGGCCGCGCGCUGCUGGAGGACGCGGCCGGACCAGGUCGCGGGUUUGGCGUCCUGUCCGCCGCCCUGCGACUGUCGGGCGCGCCCGCCGCGGGCUCUGCGGAGGAGCAGGAUGCGCUCAGGCCCCGCGCGGGGCUGGCGGUCGGCGUGGUGGCCGCGGUGCUGCUGGCACUGCUGGGGAGCGUGCUGCUGCUGCACCGCAGCGGGAGGCUCAGGUGGAGAAGGGACCGGGAGGCGGAACCUGCCUCCAUAGGGCUGCCCCGGGGGUUCCACAAUCCGAUUUUUGACCUGAUGUCCUCCAAGGAGCAGCCCUCCGUGGAGUUACCCAGCCCAUCCUCGAAGGUGGACAGCAACGCCAGCCUCAGUUACUUCGUCAACCCACUCUUUGCCGGGGAGGCAGAGGCGGAGGCCUGACCUUGGCUGGCCCUCUACCUUCUGCCUGGCAUUCUCAGAGGGUACCAGGCCUCUGACCUUUUGUACUCUUUAUCCCCUCUGAGACCUUGACCUCUCCCCUGGCCUCGCAGGACGUAGCCACGGGUUGCUUUGCCCAAUAAAGGGUUUAUUUGUACUUCUC